UACUGUUGGCUCUACUUCCUGAUUUGAUCUCGGAGACGUGUUUCACUUAGCUGGAGAGUGCAACACAGUCCGAAGUGAACGUUUUCUCUGGAACAUGUCGUUUUUCUAUAUUGGCCGAAGAAAUUAACUGUAUUUUAUAUUUUAUUUUCCCUUCAAGCAUGGUUCUAUUCUUUCCAAUGGUUUUGUCGGACGUUACACGGAUUUUCUGUUUAUUUUGUUUAUUUGUCAUUCUGUUGUGUCAACAUUCAAAAUGUAACUAUUUGAAUCAAAUAGCCGUCCACAUAGAAGGGGGUAGUCAUAUAGCAGAUAGAAUAGCUUCAAAACAUGGAUUUCAUAAUAUGGGACAGAUAGGGGAUUUAAAAGACCAUUAUUUAUUUUACCAUCCUCACAUUAGUAAAAGAUCUGCAAAUCCAAGCCAUGAACACCAUCAGCUUUUAUCUAAAGAGCCCGAGAUCAGAUGGUUUGAACAACAGAGAGCCAGGAGUCGAAAGAAGAGAGAUGAUUUUAAAAAUUUUAAUGAUCGUUUGUGGAGGUCCCAGUGGUAUCUGAAUGGUGGUGGACACCGGGGUAACAGUGGAAACUUUGACAUGUGUGUGAAGGGGGCGUGGCAGAUGGGGUACACAGGGAAGGGUGUGGUUGUCAGUAUUCUGGAUGAUGGAAUCGAACGCACUCAUGAUGACUUGAAGGAGAACUAUGACCCAUAUGCAAGUUAUGAUGUGAAUAACCAUGAUCCUGAUCCUAUACCAAGAUAUGAUCCGACCAAUGAAAACAGACAUGGGACUCGAUGUGCAGGAGAGGUAGCAGCAAAAGCCAAUAACAACAAAUGUGUGGUAGGAGCAGCCUAUAACUCCAGGAUUGGAGGUGUGCGUAUGUUGGAUGGUGAUGUGUCAGAUGCUGUAGAGGCAGCUUCACUAAGCUUUAACAGGACACAUAUUGACAUUUACUCUGCCUCUUGGGGGCCAGAUGAUGAUGGACGAGUUGUGGAUGGCCCUGGUCCCCUGGCAAAGAAAGCCUUCAUCACAGGAAUAGAACAGGGUCGAGGUGGUAAGGGGAAUAUUUUUGUGUGGGCAUCUGGUAAUGGAGGGAGUGCAUUUGACAGCUGUAAUUGUGAUGGUUACACCAAUAGUAUUUACACCCUGUCCAUCAGCAGCACCUCAGAACAUGGCCGUAAACCCUGGUACCUCGAGGAGUGCUCCUCCACCCUGGCUACAACCUAUAGUAGCGGGGCUUACAAUGAAAAACAAAUUAUAUCGACAGACCUACACAACCAGUGUACCAGCAGUCACACAGGUACCUCUGCCUCUGCUCCUCUAGCCGCCGGCCUGGUCGCCCUCCUAUUGGAGGCAAAUCCGACCUUGACCUGGCGGGAUGUACAGUAUAUCACCUUGCUGACCUCCAACCCUGACCCUAUGGAGGAUGGUAACUGGAUAACAAAUGGCAAAAACAGAAAAGUAAGUUUGAGAUAUGGUUAUGGUCUGAUGAAUGCUACAGCAAUGGUGGAUUAUGGACUGAGAUGGAUUAAUCUUCCUCCAAAACACAUCUGUACAGUACUCAGCAGUGCAAAUCAUGUGAACUUGAUGGGAUCCCCAUACACCAGUCAAGUCAGUACAGAUGGUUGUCGAGGCACUGCCAAUGAGGUUAACUAUCUGGAACAUGUUCAGGCAAAGAUAACCUUGACCUAUUACCGCCGUGGUAACCUGGUCAUCCAUUUAACAUCUCCCAGUGGUACGAGAUCCACACUUCUCCCUAAACGACCAUCAGAUAUGAACAAGGGAGGGUUCAAUCAGUGGGCAUUCUUAUCGGUCCAUUUCUGGGAGGAGAACCCCACAGGGCCGUGGAAGCUGGAGAUCACUGAUGACCAUCCCUCAACCAGCUGGCCCAGACCUCCUCCUGGGGUCAAAGGUCAGCUUGUAUCAUGGUCUCUUAUUCUUCAUGGAACAAAGGAUAAUCCAAUUCGACUAAAGAAUCCUGGACAAGGGGAAGUGGUCACCCAACCAGAAAUCACAGGCACCACACUCCCCCCAAAGUGUGAUGACGAGUGUGUAGACACCUGUACUGGAAGUCGUCCUGAGGAUUGUAGAGCCUGUAAACAUUUACGUAUGGGAGAGGCAGGUGCAUGUGUUAAGGAAUGUCCUCAUGGCUACACUGAGAACCAGAAGAUGUGCCUGUCCUGUGAUCCCAAGUGUCUGAACUGUACGUCUAAGUAUGGCUACCGUCCACGCUGUAACGCCUGUCAGGAUGGUUACUUCCUGUUACCUGAGGAGGGCAAGUGUUCAGUGGAAUGUCCCGAAGGAUAUUUCCAGGAGAGCCCUGAUCACCGAGUGUGUCAGAAGUGUAACAAUAUGUGUGAGAGCUGCUCAGAAAACAGGGACAAAUGUACAAGUUGUCCUCGAACUUUGACCUUGUUAUCUGACAAAUGUUACCUGCCAGAAAAUAUCUGUUCAAAAGGUUACUACAAAUUUAGAAAUCAGUGUGUAAAAUGUGGAGCUGGCUGUCUACAAUGUCAGGCCGAGGACCGCUGUGUUCUGUGUGACCCAGGAAGCUAUUUUCACCAAGGCAAAUGCCUUCCUGACUGUCCUAAUGGAUAUCUCCCUUAUGUUGUUAAAAUGGACCAGUCUACAGCCCACACUGAAUGUCAUUCUUGUCAACACGGUAAUUGUAACAACUGCAUAGGAGACUUUGUGAAACGAGAAGGCACCUGUCAUCAGCAAAAGUCCUGCUUCAGAGAGCAAUACUAUGACUUUAUUAACAUGGAGUGUCGAAACUGUCAUUACCGAUGCAAGACAUGUUAUGGUCCUGGAUCACAUGAGUGUUUGUCAUGUGAGGCUCCCCUGGCUUAUCAUUCAUAUCUACAGACCUGUGUUUCAUGCUGUAAAGACAACGAAAAGGAGGGCUCAUGUUGUAAAUGCGAUAAAAAUGGCAUAUGCAUACUGCCGCUGAAAUCCUUGCAGAGUCUGUACUCGACGGGAACGCUGGUGGUGGUCUUAGUCGGCCUGAUCGGGGUUCUUAUUGUCCUUGUUGUAUCGGUCAUUGUUUACAUGGCCGCAAAGAAAUCCAGCUGGUGGUCCAGGAAAAACGAGAACGAUAAAGGUGUAUACUACAGCCCCUUACUUCAGGAGGAUCUAUAAGGAGUGGAUCCAAGUGUAGCAGGGUAUGUUUUCAUUGAAAAUUGUGAGAUAGCAUUUAUCAUCAGGAGAUGGGAAGAAGAAAUGGCAGCACAUUCCAAUUAUACACAAGCUAUGUAAUCAUGAGGGAUUGGGUCACUUCAUCCAGAGAUAAAGAAAAAUAAAUUAGUGCUAGUCAAACGAAACUAGUCUAAAGGAUCAAUCAUACUAUCAAGUGGUCAAUGGUUUUGUCAUGUUUUUUUUUUUUAUUCACAAACUGUACUAAAUGAGUAUUAAUACUAUCUUUUGUAUGCCCCUGAGAAAUAAGAAAAAAGAGAUCAGGGCAAAUUAUAUUUAUUGGUCUAUUUGUUUGUAUAUCCAUAACUUUAACCUUGGUUGUUAACUUUUUAACAACAUAAGAAAGAUACAUGUACUUAUAAAAAGACAACUCAAAUAGAAAAUUGUAAUCAAGGGAACUUUAAGUUGCAUCACAACUUGUUGAAUAAAUUUAUUUCAGGAUUUACAUGUAUAAUAGGAUUAUCAUAUGAAGUCACAAUUGACUGCAGAUUUUACGAUUUUUAAAAAGAUUUAAACAAAAACUCCCAGCUAUUGGUAAUAAAUCCAGAUGCAAUGAGUGAGAUACUAUAGUGAAUGCAACUUGAAUCACUUUAUUACAAGAUAGCUGUGUGUUAGCAAAGGCCACUGUAAGCUGGAGACUGUAAGCAUGUAGGUAUUUUAUUUAAUUGCUUUCAAAGAGCAACAAAGAAAAUAUGUGACUUUUUUGUGAAUGUUAAAAGGCAACCAGUUAUGAUUUUUUUCCUAAAAAUUUUUCUUAGAUAGAUAGAAGGUUAGAAUUAAAAUAUUGUUUUGUGUACAAAGCUACAAGACAAAUUUUUUGUUCAUGUUUGUCAUAUUUUUAAUGAUUUAAAGUAUGUAUCUGCUCAACAUUUGAUGGAGAAAAUAUAUAUUUUUGUAGCAUUAAGAGGAUUGGCUAAAAUUCAUAAAACCACCAACAGCAAAGAAUUGGGAGUGAUUCUGUAGUCUGUUCAUUGUCUGAACUUGCAGACUGAACAUAAGCCCAAUAAUUGUUAUUAUGAAAUAUCUGUGAUACUUGUGUUAAAAUAUUAACAUAACUGAUUUUUUAUGUACGAUGUGAUGUUGUAAGGUUUAUAAAUGAGUUCAAAACAGCAUGUCUUUCACAUAAUAGACCAACAUCAGGCUGGCUAGACCUCUGUAUAUGUUUAUUAUGAUUAUGUACAUUUUUAUUUGUAUAGUUCAUUACAUAUAUUUACAUGUUUUAAAGUUCAUUUCAUGUAUUUACAUUUAAAUAGUUCAUUCCUUAAUGAACGUGGGCUUUAUUCCUGUUUUUGUUCAUGUAGAAUUUGUGUACAUGAGAGACCUAUAAGGUAUUUUUAUUGCAUAAAGAAUUACUAUGUUUGUUUAAGAAGUUUCUGAGAAUCUGAAUACCAUCCCCAGUUAUCUGUGUACUUUGAUGGAAUAAGACAUUGAGUUUCAAUGUGUUUAUCCCAGUUUUCUUUUUCUAUGCAUUGUUUUAAUUUGCUGCAACAACUAAAAAAUCAAACCAUUUCAUUGCAGUGUCUAUGUUUUUACAGUUUUCCUCCUGCAAUUUUUUUUGAUUGUGGGACUUUUGUCACUGAUCAACAUUGUUCUUAGAGGUAUAUAUUUGACUGUGCAUGGGAUUUUGUUUCGUAGUAUGCAUGUGCAUAAGUGAAUUAAUAGAGCAUGCCAGUAGAUUCACUCAUAGUUGCAAGUCAUAUAUA